CGUCAUAAUAUCCAACUCAAAUCCAUAUGAUUAGUCAAGAAACUGAUACAAGUGUUCUCGAAAUUGCUCCAACCAUUACUCUCUUGAUGUAGAGGAGUAGCUGCUACAUUAGGUAUAAUUUAUUCAAGAUAUUCCAAAUCUUUCACACAAGAAUUUAUCGCGCUCAUACUAAGAGAGAUGCGUAAAUCAAAUUUCAUAAAGAAGUUGGGAGCAUGGAGAGGGAUACACAGGUUAAUCUUCAUAUUCUGUAUUCUUGCUCUUCUUAUAUGUAUGGCUACUUUUUCCAAAAUUUAUUCUUUCAGAUCUUUUCUAGCUUCAAAUUCCUUCUGCAACUGUAACAAGUCAUGUACCAUCAAUCACCAUGUGGAUUUAACUCUUGAUACUGUAAUCCAGAAAAUCCAACAUGAAAUUGACAUUUUACGACAACUACCAAAUGAAAAAGUUUUCGGAAAACAGGCUAUGUUUCUUGCAGAUAUUUUAAAUCUAGUUGAGUCGGUCCACAUAUCACUAGCGCAAAACAGUGAGCCUGGAGCAGUACUACAUUCCUUAUCAAGACAAACAGAACAGGUCAAUGGGCCUUCUGAAUAUUUCUUGACCGAAGAAAUCCGAAAAUAUGUGAGGAUUAAACCAAAUAGGUUGAAAAAACAGAACUUUAUGGGAGCUAAUGGUACAUUCACUAGCAUAGGCCAUGCUUGUUUUUCCAUGAAAUCGGAGCUUGAAGAGUACAUGGAUUAUGACGUUGGUGAAAUGUGUAAUGAUGAUUGGAGAUUAGCACAAAAACUUAUGGUUCAUGGAUGUGAUCCAUUACCAAGAAGAAGAUGUUUUACUAGAGCCCCUCAAUUGUACAAUAAGCCAUACCCUAUAAAUGAAUCCCUUUGGAAGUUACCUGAUGACAAAAAUGUUAGAUGGAGUCAAUACAGAUGCAAAAAUUUUACUUGCCUGGCUAGAAAUUCGACUGCGAAAGGUUUCUUCAAAUGCGCAGAUUGCUUCAAUCUUACACAUCAUGAAUCUCCCAGAUGGAUUGUUCAUUCCUAUCAAGACUCAAAUUCGAAAAUGACAGCUGAUAUAUUGAUAACAGAAAUACUUAAUUUUAAGCCCGGAGAGAUCAGAAUUGGCCUGGAUUUCAGCGUUGGCACGGGCACUUUUGCUGCUCGAAUGAGGGAACAAAAUGUGACUAUAGUUUCUGCAACUAUAAAUCUCGGUGCACCAUUCAACGAGAUGAUUGCUCUUCGAGGGCUAAUUCCGCUUUACUUGACGAUAAAUCAGAGACUGCCUUUCUUCGAUAACACUCUAGAUUUGAUCCACACGACGAGGUUUCUUGAUGGAUGGAUUGAUUUUGUGCUGCUGGAUUUUGUGUUGUAUGAUUUCGAUAGAGUCUUGAGGCCUGGUGGACUUUUAUGGAUCGAUAGCUUUUUCUGUUUGAAGGAAGAGCUGAAUGAUUAUUUAGAGGCAUUCAAGAUUCUCAGGUAUAAGCAACUCCAGUGGCUUAUUGUUCCUAAGCUGGAUAAAGAUGAUAGUGAAGUGUUCUUCUCUGCAGUCCUAGAAAAACCACCUAGGCCUUUCCGAUGAAUUUGUUAUAUUUUCAUGAAUUAUACUUAUUUCAUACAAUAAUGUUGGUACCGAUCUUGUUCUUCGGUCUUAUACAUUUUGAUCCAACACUAAAUAGGAUACAAUGUGAGUUUAUUGUACAAUUGCCAGUACAAUGUUACCAAUAAUUGUACUAAUCUAACCGAGAUUUCU